GGAUAUACAAUUGGGCAGGCAAACUAAAUAAUAAUUCUCUAACCACGUGAGAAUCUAUCUCUGAAAAGAUGACAAAAGGCCUUAAAAAGAAGCUCAGCAAGCGUAUCUCGUGCCGUAAGAGAUAUAAAAUAGCCCGAAAAGUUCGAGAACACAAUCGAAAGGUUAAAAAAGAAGCAAAAAAGAGCAACAAGAAGAAAGCCAAAGAUCCUGGUAUACCAAACAGUUUACCAUUUAAAGAUGAGAUUCUUGCAGAGGCGGAAGCGCAUAGAAAAAGAGUUGAAGAAGAGAAGGCAAAACAAAAAAAACAGAGACAAAAACAACGAGAACAAGCUCGUAAUAAAAAUAGACCAGGAUUAGAUGACAUUAUGAAAGAUGCUGAAAAAAAACGAAAACAAUUUGAAAUGAAAGAACAAAUGAUGGAAGACGAUAUCGACUUUGAAAUGAAAAGUUCACUUUCAGAACAAUCUUUCAAACAAUAUUCAAAGGAGUUAUCUAAAGUGAUAGAAGCAAGUGAUGUUGUUAUUCAAGUUUUGGAUGCCAGAGAUCCAAUUGCAACUAGGUGUAAAGCUCUAGAAGAAGCAGUUGUAAGUUCCGGUAGGAAAAAACUAGUGUUAUUGUUGAAUAAAAUUGAUUUGAUACCGAAAAAUAAUUUGGAUAAUUGGUUAGUUUAUCUUCGAAAACAAUUACCUACAGUAGCAUUUAAAGCUUCAACUCAAACUCAGAAAAGCAAACUGGGUCAUGGAAAGGGACACUCAACUGAAAGAUCGGUAUGCAUUGGGGCAGACAUCUUAAUGAAAUUAUUGGGUAAUUAUUGUAGAAAGAGUGACGUAAAAACUGCAAUAUCGGUUGGAAUUGUUGGCUUCCCAAAUACUGGUAAAAGUUCUAUAAUUAAUUCUUUGAAGAGAGAGAGAGCUUGUGCAACAGGAGCAACGCCUGGCGUAACGAAAUCACUACAAGAAAUAGUCUUAGAUAAGCAUAUAAAAUUAAUUGACUCUCCAGGAGUUGUUGUAAAAAAAUCUGAAAAUGAUGUUCUUCAAAACUGUGUUAAGGUUGAAUCGAUUAGUGAUCCCGUUCCCCCUGUAAGCGCUGUUAUGCGUCGAUGUCCAAAACAACAUCUACAAAUUUUAUAUGGAAUUCCCAGUUUCAAUGAUGUUGACGAGUUUUUGAAUCAACUAGCAAUAAAACAAGGUAAAUUAAAGCGAGGGGGUAAAGCUGAUUUGUUAGCAGCCGGAAAAGUAGUGAUAAAUGAUUGGAAUCAGGGAAGAAUUAGAUACUAUACAGAACCUCCUGAAGUUCCCACUGAAAAUAGUCACCUGAGCUCAGAAAUAGUGCAAGGAAUGUCUGCUGAAUUUGAUAUUGAUGCUCUACUGGAAGAGGAAAAAACUGCCCUUGACACAAUAAAAGCAAGUGUUGGAGAUAACCAUGUAAAAGUUGAAAGUUUUGUGAAGGACGAAAGUGAUGACGACGAAAACGAAAUGGAAGAGGACGGAGAGAGCGUUAAAAUUGACGUUGAAAGAAUGCUUAAAAAUAAGAAAAAGAAAGAAGAUAGAUUUGAAGGAAAUCAAUUAAAUAAAGAUAGAAAGAAAGAUUAUAAAAAAAUGAUCAGACAACGAAAGAAAGCAAAUAACGUAGCUGAAAAUCUUUCUUCUAAGCUUGAAUCGGCCUUAGGUAAUAUGAGUCGAAUGGACGAAGAUGGAGACUACGAGUUUGAUGAUCACUUUUGA